AGAGAUUCAGGGGCCAUGAAUGGCAUAGAAAUUGCGUGAUCCGAUCCGGACACAACCAAACAAUGCAACUAACCUCCCGAAUCACUGAACGACGCAUAACUCAAGAGUACACGGCUUGGUUCAAGAACUGAAGCUCUCUACAAUUCGAUCUCCUACCUCCCCGAGGACGAGGAGGAAUCCUCCAUUCUCGAUUCAAGCCGCCAUGGCCUCCGAGCUCCCGCUGUACCUCCUGCUUCUCGCGGCCCUCCUCGCCGCCCCCCUCUUCUUCCUCUUCGCCACCAAGUGCGCACGAACGCCACGCGGCGGCGCGCGGCCGCUCCGGCUCCCGCCGGGCCCGUGGGCGCUCCCCGUCAUCGGCCACCUGCACCACCUCGCCGGCGCGCUCCCGCACCGCGCCAUGCGCGACCUGGCCCGGCGGCACGGCCCGCUCAUGAUGCUCCGGUUCGGCGAGGUCCCCGUCGUGGUGGCCUCGUCCCCCGCCGCGGCGCGCGAGGUCAUGCGGACCCACGACGCGGCGUUCGCGUCGCGGCCCAUGGGCCCCAUGUCGCGGCUCUGGUUCCAGGGAGCCGACGGCAUCCUCUUCGCGCCCUACGGCGACGCCUGGCGCCAGCUCCGCCGCGUCUGCACCCAGGAGCUCCUCAGCGCCCGACGCGUCCAGGCCUUCCGCCCCGUUCGCGAGGACGAGCUCCGCCGCCUCCUCCGCGCCGUCGCAGCCGCCUCGGCGGCCGGCCGGCCGGUCAACCUGACGGAGACGAUCUCCACCUACAUCGCAGACUCCACGGUGCGCGCCAUCAUCGGCAGCCGCCGGCUCAAGGACCGCGACGCGUACCUCCAGAUGCUCAAGGGCCUCUUCGGCAUCAUGCCCGGGAUGAGCCUGCCGGACCUCUUCCCGUCCUCGCGCCUCGCCAUGCUCGUCAGCCGCGCUCCCGCCCGGAUCCAGGCCUACCGCCGCCGCAUGAGGCAGAUCAUGGACGGCAUCAUCCAGGAGCACCGGGAGAGGGCGGCGGCCGCCGGCGACGGCGACGACGAGGAGGACUUUGUCGACGUGCUCCUCAGGCUUCAGAAGGAAGUGGACUCCCAGUUCCCGCUCACGACCGAGAACAUCAAGACCGUCAUGCUGGAUAUAUUCGGCGCGAGCACGGAGACGUCGGCGACGACGCUGGACUGGGCGAUGGCGGAGCUCCUGCGGAACCCGGGAGCCAUGGAGAAGGCGCAGCGCGAGGUCAGGGAAGCACUCGCCGUCGCCGGGCACGACACGGUAACGGAGGAUAGCCUGGGCGACCUGCACUACCUGAGGUUCGUCGUCAAGGAGACGCUCCGGCUGCACCCGCCGGCGACGAUGCUGGUCCCACGGCAGUGCCAGAGCCCGUGCCAGGUGCUCGGGUUCGACGUGCCGGCGGGCAUCACGGUGCUCGUGAACGCGUGGGCGGUCGGCAGGGACCCGGAUCACUGGGACGAUCCGGAGAGGUUCUUGCCGGAGAGAUUUGAGCGGAGCAUGAAGGACUUCAAGGGCGCGGACUUCGAGUUCAUACCGUUCGGCGCCGGGCGGCGGAUCUGCCCCGGCAUGACGUUCGGGCUGGCUCAUAUCGAGCUCGCGCUCGCGGCGCUGCUGUUCCACUUCGAUUGGGCCUUGCCGGGUGGGGUAGCGGCUGAGGAGCUCGACAUGACCGAGGCGUUCGGGAUUGCAACACCUCGGCGUUAUGACCUCUUGGUUGUCGCAACCUCUCGUGCCCUAUAGUUCGAUCUAUAUUUGAUGGUUAAAAUUAAUAAUUUGAUUUAUGAUAAAAAAUUAAAUAGACUUAUAUUUAAAAUCGUCGGCGAGAGUAA